AUGAGCACAUAUAUCAGAAUUAAAAAAAUAUUACAGGCCAAACAGUGGGGCUGGACACAGGGUCGGUGGCCAAAAAAGAGUGCAGAAUUUUUGCUGCACAUGCUGAAAAAUGCAGAGAGCAAUGCUGAACUGAAGGGUUUAGAUGUGGACUCUCUGGUCAUUGAGCACAUCCAGGUGAACAAAGCACCUAAGAUGCGCCGACGAACUUACAGAGCUCAUGGCCGGAUUAACCCAUACAUGAGCUCCCCCUGCCACAUCGAAAUGAUCCUCACUGAAAAGGAACAGAUUGUUCCAAAGCCAGAAGAGGAGGUUGCACAGAAGAAAAAGAUAUCCCAGAAGAAACUGAAGAAACAAAAACUUAUGGCACGGGAAUAAAUUCAAUAUGAAAUAAA